AUUAUAUAUUAAAUAAAUUAUUUACAAAUAGAAGCUGCCUGAAGAAAUAACAUCCAACAAAUGGAGAAGAAAUCUUACCCAUAUGAUGUCUGUGACACGUCCUUCAGCCAAAGUACCAAUUUGACGACACAUCGACGUACGCAUACUGGCGAAAAACCGUAUGCAUGUGAUAUAUGCGACAAGUCGUUCAGUCAAAGGUACAGUUUAACGAAACACCAACGCACACACACUGGCCAAAAACCAUACGCAUGUGAUGUAUGCGACAAGUCAUUCCUUGUAAGGGGCAGUUUGACAAAACAUCAACGCACACACACUGGCGAAAAACCUUACGCAUGCAAUGUAUGUGACAAAUCAUUCGCUGUAAGUGGCACUUUAACGAACCAUCGACGCACACAUACCGGUGAAAAACCGUACGUAUGCAAUGUAUGCUACAAGUCGUUCACAGAAAAUUGCACAUUAACGAGACACCUACGUACACACACUGGCGAAAAACCGUACACAUGUGAUGUAUGCGACAAGUCGUUCUCUAUAAGUUGCAGUUUAACGAACCAUCGACGCAUACACACUGGUGAAAAACCGUAUGCAUGCGCUGUAUGCAACAAAUCUUUCUCACAAAGUUGCAGUUUAACCACACACAAACGCACACACACUGGCGAAAAACCGUACACAUGCGAUAUAUGUGACAAGUCGUUCGCUGUAAGUGGCACUUUAACGAACCAUCGACGCACACACACUGGUGAAAAACUAUACACAUGCGAUGUAUGCAACAAAUCUUUCUCUCUAAGUAGCAAUUUGAUAUUACACAAGCGGCAAACGCACACGGCACACUGAUCGGAUCGCUCAAAGAUCUACGAUAAAGUUAAAUAUUAAAAAUAGAUUAAUCAUGUCCACGUAUUAUUAUUACGGUAGGUCAAAGUGUUAUUAUUGUUCUAAAAUUAUCUUUUGAGCGUGACAUUAUUGCAAUGUUUUUUUACAAUCAGUAUUAUUUUAAGUUAAUUUGCACCCAUUUAAUAACA